GCCCCUGAUGAGGAGGGGCCACCUUUGGGAAAGGGUGAUGUGGAGAUGGAGAAGGAAGCACCUUUGGAAAAGGGUAUGGAUGACAAGGUGGGUGAAGUGGAAAUGAAGGAGGAAGAACCUAUGGAGAAGGAGGGAGCACAGGGUGGUGUGCAAAUGAAGGAGGAGACACCUUUGGAAAAGGGUGAAGAUGAUUUGAUGAAAGGUGAAGGCCUCUCCAUGAGGCAGGAGGAAAGUUCUGAUGCCUUGGAGUCACUCUUGGAAAAGGGUCAUGAAGUGAUCAUUUGCACCUGGUGUGGGAGGGACAGGGUUGCCAGGGUGAGGCACCACCUUGAGCAGAUGCAUUGGUGGGGGAAGGUGGGCUUCAUGGCAGCCCACAUCAGGAAAGGUGUUGGCUCCAAGGCAAGCCUGUGCAUCCAGCAUGGCUGCACCAUCAUGUUUGAUGAUGCUGGGGACAUCUUGCAGGAGGCUGUCAGCAAGGGCAUCCAGGUGUACCCCAUCAGGAAGACCAUGCACUGGCACUGGUGGGCUGACAAGGCUGGGAUUCCACAAUUCAAGACAUUUGUGGAUGCUGUGGCUUGCAAGAGCCGGGAAGCAAACCUUUGA